AUGCGGAGGACUCCGGGAUACUGCUGGGACAUGCUCGUCCGGACUGUCGUGUGUAAAGAAACCAUCUACGAACAGCUGGUUGAGAAAAUUUGGGACGGGAACCUGCCGAGGUGCGACAAAGGCUACGCGUGGAAGGACAAGAAAUGUAUCCCAAUGGACCAGUGCCGAUCAAUCACGACUAAAGAGGAAUGUUGUUCUCUCUCUCUUCAUCACCCAGAAAGUUGCCGUGUGGGAGAUGGGGCGUCCUACCGAGGAACCGUCUCCGUGACCAGAACAGGCAAGACGUGUCAGCGCUGGGACAGUCAGACACCACAUAGCCACACCAGGACACCCGAGAACUUCCCAUCAUCCGGACUGGAGCAGAACUACUGCCGGAAUCCGGACGGCGAUCCCGAAGGACUUUGGUGCUACACCACGGACCCCGGCUCGAGAUGGGAGUAUUGUAACGUACCGCCGUGUGUGGCAAACUGCCCCGCCAACAGCCACUGGUUACAGCACGGUUCAGCCUGUCGGCCAUCUUGCGACGACCCUUCUCCGAAGUGCACCAAGGGCACCAGGACGAACGUACCGGCCGGAUGUCACUGUGAGACUGGACAUGUGUGGGAGGGCGAUGUCUGUGUUCCCCUCUCAGACUGCCCGGCUAGGAGCUGUCAACAAGGUGGCAAAACUUACCAACUCGGUGAGACCUGGGCCCGGCAGGACGUUCCCGGUACCACGUGCAGCUGCUCACAAAACGGGACAGUCCACUGUGAGCGGAAGAAGUGUCCACAUGGGGAGCUCAUCGGGAAGGACGGGAUGUGGACAUGCAAAAAACCCGGAAAGGUGGUGUGUCCAAAAGGCUAUAGCAAACCUCGAGCUCACGGGCGCGAUAGGCGGUUUCUCUGUUACCGUUUCGAGAAAAGACCCACAACGUACAGACAGGCUACCGACACCUGCCGAGCCGAGGGAGGGCGACUGGUCACUACAAGGGACAAGAAGAGUCGAGAUCAAGUACUGAUCAGAUUUCGCAAGACUCGGCAGAGCACCGUGUGGAUCGGCCUGAGUGACCAGGAGACGGAAGAGAAGCUGAUGUGGAGCGACGGAGUGCCGUACAGCGUCAACAGCUGGUACAUGCGGUCCUCCAACACUCCGGACAACGACUGUGCCUACGUGAGCCGUCUGCACGGGUACAAGUGGCUGCUGGGAGAGUGUAGCUCCAAGCGUGCGUUCUUGUGUGAACUCGACCUGUUCGCCACCAGUCGUGAGGACUGA